UCACCUUUUAAGCCUACUUCCGGGUUCUGUCACAAGAUUUUGUUUUGUGUCUGUUUUUACUAAUAAAAUUCUUAGAACUGUGAUAAAACAUUUAGCCAGUAUGGGGAAUAAAUCUUCUAUGCAGCUUCAACAAGAAGAAAUUGAUGAAAUUCAAAAGGAAACAGGAUUUUCCCACAACCAGAUUGUUCGCCUCUUCAGCAGAUUCACAAGUCUAGACAAGAAUAACAACGGCUUCCUCAGUCGAGAAGACUUCCUGAGAAUUCCUGAGCUCGCUAUUAAUCCUCUGGGUGACAGAAUCGUGCACUCUUUCUUCUUAGAGAGCAAUGAAGAGACCGUCAACUUCAAGCAGUUUAUGAGCGUACUGGCCAGAUUCAGACCCACUAAGUCUAAUGAAAGCAAGAAUAAACUCAACACAAGGGAGGAAAAACUCAAAUUUGCUUUCAAGAUGUAUGACUUGGACAGUGAUGAGAAGAUCUCCCGAGACGAAUAGUUGGCCGUGUUACACAUGAUGGUCGGAGACAAUAUCUCAGAAGACCAGCUGAACAGCAUUGCUGACAGAACUAUCACGGAGGCUGAUGAAGAUGGAGACAGCAUGAUCUCAUUUGUGGAGUUUAAAAAGGUUAUGGAGAGAGUGGACGUUGAGCAGAAGAUGAGUAUUCGAUUCCUGAACUAGACAUCACAAAACACUGCAGCAUCAAUCCAGUUCCUGAACAAGACACUUCAAAACACUGCAGCAUGAAUCCAUUUUCUCAACAAGAGACCACAAAACACUGCAACAUGCUAAACAUUCUUGGAGUGACACUGUUUGAACGUGUAAUUAUCUAGUUUGUAUAAACAGAAUUCAUGGCAAACUACAUGUACAUAAAAGUUUCAGUAAAGCUUAUGUCGAAUGCAUUUAACUAUCCUGUCACAAAACUUAAUAUGUGUUAUUAUUGUUAAGGUACUAAUUAUUCAUUCACUCAGCACUAACUAUUUAUUUUUAUAUUUAAACAGGAAUUAGGCUAUUUAUAUAUUAUGAUGUAUUAUAUUUAUGAAGCACACACUUCUAGUUGUAAUGCUUUUAGCAUGCCAUGACUUGACCUGUGUCAUAAUACUAACAGCAGCUGGUUUGCUUUAAUCUGAUGGUUAUCUUUUAACUUUUAUUGGGGUGUUUUGGGUAUGUGUGAAUGACAAACCAAGUUUGUAAAUUACAAUUUUUAUUGACUGAGCGGUUUUGGAUUGAAAAUAUAAGAAAAUGAACAAAUUUCGGACCAAAUUUUUUAACUGUUUUUCUGUUACUGAAAUUAGUCCGACGUAGUCAAAAUUGGUCCAGACCAGCAAAUUGUCAGUUUUUAGAAGCCCUGCAUAUUAGUAUACAAUCUAAUAUCAUAAAGGAUUUUCAUUUGAUUGCUAGUGCUGUAAAUUAAGUAUGUAUAUUUUUCACUAAAAAUUAAUCUUUUUUUAAGAAUUUUGAGUGGGAAAAAAGCAAUAAAAGCUGUAACCUUACAGUUCAAUUAAAUGUUGUUGCUUUUUUGAAAAUUAGAAAAGUUACCUGUUGUUUCAAAAUAGUCUGUUUCAAAAGAAACAGCGUGAUUUAAGAAAUAAAUUGGAGUUAAUGUUUAAUCACUCAAAGACAUGGCACUUCCAAACAGAUAGAACUGGUAGUUUUCUUUACUUUAAAUAUAUGCAAAGGUUUAAGAAUCCACUUUUCUCCCACCUCAGAUAAGUAGAUCCAUUAAUUUAACCAUGCUAGAAAUUCUUAUCUUGCCCACGGGCGGAGAUAAAAUGUCCGUAUGGAACUUCUUUUUAUGGUCACCACAUUGUAAUUACCUCCCUUGUUGAAGACUGUCGUCUGUAGCGCAUCAUGGAAACCUUGUCUUGUGGCAAUAUUUAGAACGCUAGUUAAUCAUUUCUCGCUUCAAAUGACAACCACGAAUUAUCGCAUAUCCGUACGCAAUUGUUUUCUCUAAGCACAAAAGAGUUCCAGCAAAAAAAUACAUUUUUACUUAAUUUUGUUUAACUGAGGUGGUAGAAAAAGCAUCUACCAUAGCCGCUCGUGUAAGAUAGGUUCAUCCCGACCCUCGUGCAGGGUGUUUUGCGGAAACUCGGUAAACCUCGUUUCCGCAAAACACCCUACGCUCGGGUCGGAAUGAACCUAUCUUACACUCUCGGCCAUGGAAGAUACUUAUAUUCUUGAUAGCAAUUAUAUUGGAUAGGAAAUAACAUGACCUACUUGCAUAUACAAUAUGUUAGCAAUAUAUACAGCAAAUAUGACAUACGUUAUCAUUACAAUACAUAUGAGCAUUUAAAUAUAAGUACAUGUUUGUUUAUUUCUUUUGAUGUACUUUUGAAAAUAUGUUUCCUUGAUUAAACGGGUAUAAUUAGUUUUGUUGUAUGUUACGUGUUUUUAGUGUUUUUGUCAUCUUUAUAAUGGGCCGAUUGCUCCGAACUUUGUUAGAGUUAACAAUGUGAUUAACAACAUCGUUGUUAACUUUUAAAGGAAAAUAUUUACGAUGUGCAAAAAUAUUUAAAUAUAAACAAUUAAGUACAGCUGAAACAGUUGUCUGAAAUCUUGUUAAAAAUACAGUAGAUCACAAAUGGAUCCAUUAAAUUUUCAGAGCAGGAAUUAUUUGAAAGUUAACAAUAAUGGGGUUAACAAUGUUGUGAACUUUAACAAAGAUCUGAACUAUCGGCCAAAUGUGUAUUAUAUUAGGAGGUACAUGUACUCCUUAAAGUUUUACUUGUAUUUGAAACUUCAUUCGGAACUUCUCCACCAUUUUAAUCGAAAACAACCUCGGACGUAUUCCGGUACAUCAGUUUAAGUAGUUUGUAAAAUUUUGAAUUAUGUCAUUAACUAAAUGUGGUGUUUUAACGUGCAUUUGUAUUAUCUAAGUUUAAAUUGAUUGCCAGUGAAAUGUAUUAUUGCAAACAUAAUUAAGAUUUCCAAGAGUGAAGUCAUUAAGUUAACUGCUAAAUUAAAUUACUACACGAUCUACUCACAGGGGACUUAAAAAGAUCUAAUUUCUGACAUUGUAAACCGUCCAUAUUCAUCCAAGGUUGUUUUUUAUAAAAAUUGCCGAGGAGUUACAAAUGUUUGAAACUUGAUUCUAAUACGGCCAUAUUGCAGGAUCUCUGAAACAAAAACAAAUAUUUAGAAAAUUAUUGUUAUGAAUAGGUUAAUUAAAAUAAAGAAAAUGGUUUAAAACACUUGGUUAUGAAAAAUAUUAUAUUAUUAUAAAUAUACAGAUGAAGGUUUUUAUUUCAUCAAGGAAAAUAUAGAUUAUACAUGUUCUUACACUCAUAAUGCAUAUUGAUGUCAGCAAGUAAUAUUAUAUGAAAUCCAACUGUCACUGAUUUACUCAGAAUUUAUUAUUUACAUGUGUUUGUGAUGGAAACCGUCUGCCAUUUUUUGGCAUACAUGUAGCAUUAACUGGCUUUAUAUUUUGGGAAAAAAAUCAUAUUCUUUUUAGAUCUCAAUUAUUCUUGACAAGGAGUUUACAUCGUAUUCCAUUCCAUUAAAAAUGAGGUUGGCUUUAUUUUGUUUAAAAAAAGGUGCUUUUUAUCAUUUAUAAUUUAUAUGCUAAACCAGUAAAUGUUAACCCAGUUUUGAUAAGCUUUUUUUAUUCAUGACACAUUUAAUUCUGUCACCAGAAAAGCAUGGCAGACACUUAAGGUUAAGUUUGUUUAUUGUUGUCAUUGUAGACGGGGUUCUAAAGUUCCGGAUUAAUCCUGAAAUCCAUCGUUGGAUACCCCCGAUACACACCACGCAAUGCUUCGUUGUGUACCAUUGGCAAUUUGGCUAGGAAAAUCUCAUAAUUAUGAAUAAUUAAUGAGGCAGUUUCAUUGGUUCCACAAAGUACCAGAUGCUUUACGAUUGAAAAAUAUUCUGGCGAAUGCCGGAGUUGAACCGGGUCCACUUUCUCAGUACAAUAAUACUUGGCAGCAGUCAAGACCAGACGGCCACGGAGACUUCUGACACUAUAAAGUUAUUGAACAAUAUUUGAGUGUAACAUGCAAAUUCAUUGGAAAAAGAGUUGUCUCUCCUGCCUCAUGCAUAUUCAUUAAAACGAGAUUAUUAGUCAAUUGUCCCACGGUAUGUAUGAAGUGUAAUGGAAGAAAGUAACCGUGGUUGCCAACAAUGCCUGAAAUCAGGAUUAAGAACUUCUGAUAAUUGUACAGUUGUAAAAAUUGUUUUUUGCUCCAACAUUUGCAUUAAAAGCAGUAUGUAAUACCUUGAAAUGAAUAUAGAUGAUUUUGGAAACAAUUUCUAAAAAGGGUACCCUCAGUUGGGCAUGACUCCCUUUAUACUCAAAACAGACCCCAGGCUGGUUUUUUUCAGGAUUGACAUUUAACACUGUUAGAACCCCUGUUGUAGACCACAUUGUCAGUGUCACACUUUAUAUACACAGUACUUUUUGAACAACUUGGUAUAGAGCCUUCAAUCUUGCGUUGUACUGUGGUCAUUAUGUCAUUAGUUCACCCCUAUUGGUUUUUGGGGUCAAAGGUCAUUGUUGCCUAAAAAAAUGAGCACUUAUGUUUCCGAUGAAUAUUUUUGAACAACUUGGUUUAAAAAUUUCAAACUUGGUAUUGGCCAUUUGCUAUGGUCAGUAGGUGACCCCUAUUUAUUUAAAGGUCAAAGGUCAAGGACAUGGUCUUAAUAGAAAUAUUAUUGGUUUUCCCGACAGGCAACAUAUCUGAUGCACGGAAAUCAAGAUUAUUUUUGUGAUAGCAAUUGAUGAACUCUUUUAAAUUGUAAAUGAGCACUUUUAUCAAUUGUCUUGUUGAAAAAUGUUUGCAAAAUAAAAUUUGGUGAAGUGAAA